GGUCUAUUUUCUAUAUUGCAGGUCAAAAGAACAUGCGAGUGACGAGCUUGCUAAUUUGCCAGGGGCUGCUCUGGGUGGGCACUGCCCAAGGCCUCAUUAUCAAUCUUCCAGUCCCCAAACUGGAGGGCAUCCCCAAAAUAACAGGAAAGGGAAUGGUCUCUCUGAAUGCACAUUGUGGGCCUGUUGAGUUCCUGGUCGCCACCACCAGCUCUCUGUCCCCUGACCUCCUGAAGAGAGACUCUUUUGGGGAAGGGCCGGACUCUGCGUUUGGCGGCGAGGACCGCAGCGACACCUCCUCCCAGGAGUCCCUGCAGCAGUCCUACCAGGGGGAGGGGCGGGGCAAAGGCCGCGGCGUCCUGCUGCAGUACAAGCUGCGCUCCACAUCGGGACUGCCCGGGCGCCCGCUGACAGCGCUGGGCGACGAGGCGUCAGACUCCUCCCUGGAGUCCUUGGAGCACAGCGUGGAAGACGGGUCCAUCUACGAGCUCAGCGACGACCCAGACAUGUGGGUCCGGGGACGUCCUUGUGAGCGGGAGGGGGGCCGCAGGGACAGGGUGAUCUCUGCGGCGGUCAUCUCUGGAGGAAAGGGCUUCCGUAGACUGAAGGAAGGAGCGGCAGCCGGCACGAAGACGAGCGGGGAGGGUUUAGAGAAUAAUCUGAUGGUGUGGCAGCUCCCUCUGACAGUGUGAUAUGGAAAACAUACGGCAAGGUGAGGAGUAUUUAUAGCCGUAUACCCAGCUUAGCCUUGAAUCAACCGCUCCAUAUAUUCAAGGGAUUUAAUAAACAUGUUUGAUGUGAAGGCGUCGCGGAGCUUGACAUGUCAUGAUCUAGCCUGUGAAUAAGGAAGCAGAGGCGCUGUCAGCCAAUAGGAUGCUUUGAAUGUUUCGGGGUUGUGCGUCACCAUCAGCAGUGGCACAGGCCGCCUCAGAUUAGCUCCCUGUGAUUGUUUUGAUCUGGUUCCUGCCUUCGUUAAGACUGAUACGCCUCAAUUUAACCUCAUCAUGGCGCCGUGUGCUGUGCCACAUUAAUUUUACGCGAAUGACUUCUGUGCGAGCGGCCGUGGACGGCGCGCCUUUGAGAGGCAGCCUUUGUUGAAUCUGCCACGCUCUGCAGAGUCGGAGAUGGACAUCUUUUAUCUGAUCCUGGGGGAGAGAUCCCAUCUGUUUGGAGCUGAGAGCCGGGGACUUCCACCGCAUCACAAAGCACAUUAGCAUCACUUUAUUAGCUUUGCCAGCCUUUCUCUCGUCCCAUACAAUGUGAAUGUAUGAUACCUUCUAUUGUGUCUCAAAAUUGAAUCUGUGCUCUCUUUAAAAAAAAGAAAAAAGGAUUGAAUGUUUCCUGUUUGUUGCAGCUGUUGCAGAUAUCACUUUUGGUUAUGGAAAACCAUAUGGAAAAAAGACUCAAAGAUGUUAUUGCGCCAAAUUACAGAAUCUACAUUUGCACUGUAGAAAUCCUGUAAUAUCUCCGAUAUAUGUUCAGGAAAAAGAAACUUCUUGGUGCCACAUAUUAUUUUGCCCAGAUAAAACACUGUUUUUUCCUUUGUUCAUGUCAUCCAUCAGAGAAAUGAAACACAUGCGCACAGGGUUGUGACACAGCUGGAAACCCCAGUUACACAUCAAAGGCAAAACUCUAAAAAUAAUAAUGAAUGAUAAAAUAAAAGCGCUACAGCUAUCAAAACUGCUAUCAGAUAUGUAUCAACAGUGAAAACAUAGCUCAGAGGGCCACUAAUUACUCAUUAUUAUUUAUAACAAACAACAUGAUUCAGAUUUAAAGAUGGUGUUUAAUGAAACAUAGCAUACAAUUAACAGACAUUGAUGUAUAUUAUCUCUGAUAUUCGCCAGGACCUAGCCUCAUGUGUCAUCAACACUUGUUUUGAAGCUAAUAUCUGGUAAAUAUUUGGAGUUUAAGGCAAACAUUAAUAUUCUAUGGUCAAGAAAUGAGCAUGACGUUAACAUUUUAGUGAUUAUCAUGUUUCAAGAUCAUUUGAAAUAUUACAUAGUCAAUCUUUAACCAGAUUUUAAAAACAUUUUAAACACAUUUAAGGUAUAAAAAUGCAUUGAUAUUCGGUCUGUACAAGCUCUUCUUUUUCGUUAAUCAUAAAAUGAUGAGAUGUUGCCAAAAUAGCAACAUGAGUAUGGUGAAUCACAGCUGGUAUAAUAAGCACUAAGUGGUACUGUGGAAUAUUGCUAAGUGUUUGCUUCAUAACUUUUUAUUUGGAUCUUAUGGUAACAUUGGCAGGCUUUUGAACAUUGACAUCAAUCCUGCAGAUUAACAGUGCAUGUUCAGUGUUAAACAAGUGGGCGGAGGAAAAUCACAAAUAUGAAAGCAGCUUUGUGGAUUUUCAAUAAAAUGGAGAGCAGGUGAAGGUUGUGUUAUAUAACUUUUCUCCACAUAUAUCUCUACUUAGCCCUUCCGCCACAAAAGGAAUUUCAUCUUAUCCUUUCAUCACAGACGAAGCGCAAAGUUCAUGUUUUGUUUUUCCCUACGGCUAUUUCAGGUUUAUUUUCCCUUUUCUUCUUCUCCUGCUCACAACUGACUGCAUCAAAAGCAUUUAAACAUCCUGCCUUCAGCCGGAAUCACUGAAAAAAAAAUGACUACGUCCUUGGAUGCUGUCAUCUAAAUGUAAAUCUCGAUGUCACGUCAGAAAUGUAUACUCUUAAUUCAUGUGAGAUUCAAUGCUGCUGGAUCCAUAACGCCAUGAUGGUCACUGCGGAGGUUGUUAGCUCAACCCUAACCAGGGGAGGAGUGUGUUUUCCUCGAGUUUCAUAAGCUUAUCAACUGAGAUACAGUAUCAUCUCCAACUGAUAUUUGAUGGACAUUAUUUCAAACAAUUCAUCUUCUUACACUACAUGUGUACAGGUAUUAUCCAUGCACUGAAUAUUAAUACUUAUGAAUGAACGUACUGUACUACUAAUUUUAAAUGUUACUAAUUAAACCUGCAUUCCCUCUUGUAAAGAGGACUCUGCAACAGUGUUGAUGUAUAAAAUGAGAUUGUGGUGUUAAAGGAGAAGUCUAGUUAAUUUUUGAAAGGUUUGGCCAUCAUUCAACACAUACAGUAAGAUUUGUACAGUGGCCAACGGGUGCAAAUGCACUACAACGGUGCAAAACAUUUCCAUUUGGAGAAAUUUGCUGCAGCUAAAGAAAUUAUGUUAAUACAAAAACACAAAUGGGCUAAAAUAUCCAAAUGAAUAAUAUUUUAGUAACUUGACAACACAUGUGCAGCAUUUAGAAAAACGUGUGCAGCUUUUACCUAAAGUGUUGCACUAACAAAACGCUGCAAAUGCAAAACGCUGCAAAUGCAAAACGCUGCAAGAAGCUCAAAACACAUCAGAAAACUAAAAACUGAUGCACACAACUGGAACUGGAAGCUUGUUGUUGUUCAGGAGUUAUAGUGUUGGCCAAUUGUCACUAUUGUUGGAAAGGUACCAAAAACGUAAGUGGCUUUUUUCAACAAUUGCAAUAGUAACAAUUCCUUCCGGUAUUACUAACUAGACAACUGUAUAAUCCCUGAACGUCAACAAGCACUCUGGUCCAAGCUGAUUUUUGUGUUUUUAAUUUUCAGUGUUUUGCUUUUAAUUUAUGCAGCGCUUUUAGUAAAUCCUGUGCAUGUUUCGUCAAGUUGGUGAAUGUUUGCUAAAUGCUGCAGAUGUGUUGUCGUGAAGUUGGUUCAUUUGCAUGUAUUAAUGCGCAUUGGUAUUUUUUAUUUGCAUUGUUUUGAAACUGCAGCGCAGUUCUCCUAAUGGAAGUCUUUUGGGCCUUUGUAGCCAUUUGCACCUGUCAGCCUCCGUAGAUUUCAGAGAUUAUAGUCAGACCUUAAAAAAAGAUUUUCACUUUGGUCAGAUCUCGAAUAUGUUUUCACAUUAGGCCGUAAUCCUCUUCCAUACAUAUACAUAUCUGGGAUUGAUGGAAACAUCACUAAAAACAAGUCAGCACUAUAAGAAACACAAACAGUCCAAUGAUCAUACAGGUUUUAAACAAACACUUUGCAUUUUCAGAAUUCUUGGUAAGCAACACAGGAAGAAACCUUUUUUUCAGCUAAAUAGUCUGACAUCUGUCACAGUUUACACACUGACUUCCAUGUUCAACUUUGCCCUACCAUAGCACCGUUUGUUCCUGUGCGAUGAGGCGUGAUUACUGACAUGAUGGGUGCGUUGACCUUUAGUUUUACCACCUGUUGUGCAAGUGUUCACAGCCUGUGUGAUCAUCUGGCUGCUCUUCUCUUAACCUGUCACAUCUUGUUGGAGGGAUACCUCACCGAUUGCUUUGGUGUGUACAAAAUGGAGAAUAAUUACAUUAAAUGAUGGCCAAAUCUGUUAAGUAAGGUUAAAACAAUUAUUAACUGGAAUAAUCCUUUAAGCAAGAGUAUUACACUUGAUGCCGUCACAGGCGUGUGGAAACACGCUGCUCAUUUCUCCUUGGUACUUUAAUGUUACAUGUCUAACAGGCGAAUGCUGAAUUAAAAAUAUGUUUAAACUUGA